AUGAAUGAGUUGAAAUUUGACAUCGCACAAGUAAAAUUUGGUAUUUUCCAUGAAAAAGUUUUUUUAAACUUUAGUUUCGCCUUUUUGGGGGCCAAGACAAUCUCGGCAGAAUGCGACGAGCCCGUACUUCAGGAGAAAGUUAUCCACUCAGCCACCCAAUGUGCAUUUGCGACAUCACAACUGGUCGCUUGCGCCCGAGUUGUCGCACCGACCAUCGAAAGCAAUGCUUGCCAAGAACAGCUUACAAAUGCGGCUAAGCAGGUAGCGUUUGAGUAAUGCGACGAGCCCGUACUUCAAGAGAAAGUUAUCCACUCAGCCACCCAAUGUGCAUUUGCGACAUCGCAACUGGUCGCUUGCGCCCGAGUUGUCGCACCGACCAUCGAAAGCAAUGCUUGCCAAGAACAGCUUACCAAUGCGGCUAAGCAGGUAUCGCAUGCUGUCACUGAGCUUUUGCACGAUGCAGAGUUUGCCUGUGAAAGGCAUCAUACAGAUGGUCGACAAGCUCUUGGAGAUAUUCAUGAGGCAGCCAGACAGGUAAAUUACCUUGAAAAUGUGAUUAUUUGA